AUGUUCUAUGAUCUCAAUGUCCCAUAUAGCCCGGAUGACCCUGAGGUGCCCCACACUCUGAAUUUCCUGGCUGAACUUGGUUACACUACCAUCGCUCUGUCUCAAACAAUCACUGGGAAGCUUCCUGCGAGCCUCACACCGCCACCUCUUCCCCCCAACCCACCAAAAACCCUCCAUUUAUUAACCCGCCUGAAUUUGACCCUCUCCGACCCCGCCCAGAAUCAGCGGCUGAACAAUUUGACUCAGGCAUACGACCUGGUCGCACUUCGCCCUACAAACGAAAAAGCUCUUCUUAAUGCCUGCACCAACCUGGAAUGCGAUGUGAUCUCACUUGAUCUUUCGGUGCGCCUACCAUACCACUUCAAAUUCAAAAUGCUGUCCGCUGCAGUAUCACGUGGUGUUCGUCUGGAGAUCUGCUAUGGUCCAGGAGUCACGGGCAGCGGUGUGGAUGCUCGCCGAAAUCUUAUUGGGAAUGCUAUGGCCUUGGUUCGGGCGACACGCGGCCGCGGUAUUAUCGUGUCAAGUGAGGCUAUGAGAGCUUUGAAUUUGCGAGCUCCGUGGGAUGUGAUCAAUUUAACAUGUGUAUGGGGUCUGUCACAAGAGCGCGGCAAGGAGGCGAUCUGCGAAGAGGCGCGGAAGGUCAUUGCGCUUGCCAGGCUGAAGCGAAACAGCUGGCGCGGUAUUGUUGACAUUGUUCACGGUGGGGAGAAAGCCAAUCCAGAAGACAACGCAUACAAACAAAAAGGCGCAGAGAAGUCGGAUAAAGGUGCUGAUAACUUGAAGAGGAAAGCUUCUAUCGGCUCCGAGGCUGUUGCCGAAGAAGCUGAAAAGCAGCUGUCGAAACGAGAAAUGAAACGACGAGCGAAGAAAGUUCGCCUGGAAUCGCGAGGAGCCGAUGCAAGCUGA